UGGGGGUGGGGGAGGGCACGGGUGGAGGGGUGGUAUUUAAAGGGAAAAGCCAACUGCUGCUGAGGGAGGGAGCCGGUGCUGCAAGCCAUUGGGCUGCACACGCCAAGCACACUGAUGCAAACGGACACCGUAAUGGACACCGACACAGAAACCACAGCACUCUUCCCCUCAGACAGCCGCCGGGGCUCCCCUCCAGGGAUACCCACACCAGAAACAGUUGCCUCACUGCUGAAGAAGCCAGAGAAACUGCUGGCAGGGUUGGACCAGAACACUCCAACCCCUGCCCCAGGUGCCCCCAGACGAAGAGGCAGUAUGCCUGUCCCCUACAAGCACCAGCUGCGGCGGGCCCAGGCUGUAGAUGAACUUGACUGGCCACCUCAGGCGUCAUCCUCUGACUCCUCUGACUCCCUGGGCUCAGGCGAGGCAGCCCCUAACCAAAACGAUGGCAUCUUCAAGGUCAUGCUGGUGGGGGAGAGCGGCGUGGGCAAGAGCACCCUAGCAGGCACUUUCAGUGGUCUCCAGGGAGACAAUGCUCAUGAGCCUGAGAACCCAGAGGACUCCUAUGAGAGACGAAUCAUGGUGGAUAAGGAGGAAGUGACUCUAGUUGUAUACGACAUCUGGGAACAGAGAGCAACGGCCCACAUCAAUGUGCUACUGUGGUUUCAAAAGCCACUGGAUCUUCUGACCCAGAGGAAAGGGGAUGCAGGAGGGUGGCUGCGGGACCACUGUCUUCAGACCGGGGAUGCCUUUCUCAUCGUCUUCUCAGUCACCGACCGAAGAAGCUUCUCCAAAGUUCCAGAAACCCUACUUCGGCUCCGGGCUGGGAGGCCACACCACGAUUUGCCUGUCAUCCUCGUUGGCAACAAGAGCGACCUGGCACGCUCCCGGGAGGUCUCACUGGAGGAGGGCCGCCACCUGGCCGGUACACUGAGCUGCAAGCACAUCGAGACGUCGGCCGCGCUGCACCACAACACGCAGGAGCUCUUCGAGGGCGCCGUGCGCCAGAUCCGGCUGCGGCGGAGCCGGGGCCUCGCCGGGGCCAAGCGGCCGGAGCGGUGCAGCCCUGAGGGCCCCGCGCCGCCCGCGCGCCGCGAGAGCCUCACCAAGAAGGCCAAGCGCUUCCUCGCCAACCUGGUGCCGCGCAACGCGAAGUUCUUCAAACAGCGCUCCAGGUCGUGCCACGACCUCUCGGUGCUCUGAGCCGCGGUCGCCACGGCCACUGGGGUCGCCAUGGCCACCGCGCCCUCCGCUCACCCUCCGCCCCGCCCCGCGCUGCCCAGGUCUGGCUUCCUUUGUGGAGGCCGUCUAGGAAACCAAAACCUCCCAGGUGCCCUAGUGUGGCCACGGGGGUGGGCCUCCUGCCCCAGACCCGGGGCGGUUGCGUUCUCUGGGUGCCUCCUGGCCCCAGAGUGCCUGGAGGGCGGAGAUGCAGACCUGCAAGCGUGCGCACUGCGGAAGGUGAGCGCGGCGGGCUCUAGGGGGUCAGGAAGGAAAAUUUUGAAAGGUUUUUUUUUUUUUUUAAUUGAUUCACGCUUGGCCACCUCUCCUGUAAAGAGAUUCUAAAAGCGAGAACUGAAAAAGUGCGUUGUAGACUCCUUUAUGGAAUUAUCCUCCUUUGUAUUCUGCGUGAAUAUGCCUCCCCUUUAAGACAUUCUUCUCAAGAGACCCUUCUCCAGAGACUUUUCGGCAAAUGUCAGGCUCUUGUCUGCUGCACUUGUCCACUUUUCCCUUAAGGAAAGCUUAAAGGCAAUGGCCUGGAAAUUGUAUUUUUGAGAAUUCUGGGAUUUACCAUUACUCCAUGGCACUUCCCCUUUAAGGUCAUUAAAGGUAAUGUGUGGAUGGGCUUGAGACGCCUAUGUAAACUGAUGAGUGGGUGGCAACCCCCUUUGGCCAGGGCCCAUGAGGCACCAGUAAGGGGCCACCUCUUCACUUUUCAAUAAAGAAUUUUUCUACGUUCCCUUGACUCUUUGUUCUCAAUGCCACUGGGGAAGCACAUCGAGAGACGUCGGCCCUGCUGCACCACAACACGCAGGAGCUCUUUGAGGGCGCCGUGCGCCAGAUCCGGCUGCGGCGGAAGGGGUGGACGUGGAUAGAAACAUCUUUUACAGACAAGAAAACUC